CACUUGUACCGGGUGGGCUAUCAAAAUCACUGCAAACUUAGCUUGGUCUGGCUCUAAACUCACUUUGAGUUCAUGUUAUGCAACUACCUCUGUUACUCUAAUUACGCCUUAAUUGGAGUAAAAGAGAAAGAUGCCCGAAAUAUGUGAACUUCUGUAUGCCCUCUUCUCGCGCAGUAGUCCCUCUGGGCUGUACAUCUAAUUGCGCAACAUGCUCCGUGUGCAAUUAACUUGUUUUGGAACGGCCCUGUGUAACUAUGACAACAUUUUGAAUAUGUCAGUGACAGCUUUCACUUUGACAGACUCGUGACCAGUGAGGUUAAGAAUUUCCUAAAUAUGUUUUAAUUUUUAUUUCUACGCAGUAUUACUGUUAUGCAACAGUAAAUAUUGCAACCACGCCAAAAACUUAUGUUUUAUCGUCAUCCGUGCACAUUAUUUUUACCAGCAUCUGGCACAGGAAACUGAAGAUUCUUUAAAAAUCGCAAUCGAUCGCCACCGCUCUGAUGAAUGGCAAUUCGAAGGGCCUUUUCACACGCAUAUAAAUCCGUCAAACAAGCUAAAAGUGCAGCAUUCAAUCGCAAGAACCUGUUUUACACCAAUGUCUUAAUAUCAGUAGGGAUCUCAACUAUGGGUGACAUGCUUGAACAGAGCUAUGAAGUCUACAGAAAAAAGAUUCCUGGGUACGAUUUGCACCGCACCGCACAGAUGGGCUUCUCGGGGGCCACCGCCGGUGUAAUCUGCCAUCACUGGUAUAACAUACUUGAUAGAAUUAUUAUUGGAAGAUCUUUGGGUAUGGUGAUUAAAAAAUUGAUGCUAGACCAAUUUGUUUGUUCACCAAUUAUAAUCUUAUCAUUCUUUGCUACGGUUGCUAUUUUUGAGAAGAAUCCUUGGGAGAAUUUCACUGAUGAAGUCAGGGAUAAAUUCUGGAUUCUCUACAAAGCCGAAUGGGUGGUGUGGCCUCCAGCACAAAUUAUAAAUUUUUAUUUUCUACCAACCAAGUACAGAGUACUGUAUGAUAACACAAUCUCACUUGGUUAUGAUAUCUACACAUCUAAAGUUAAGCAUGACAAAUCUUUGAAGAAAGAAAGAGAUAAGGAAUAAUAACCUUUAACUCAUGUUGAAUAUUUUUUAUGAAGUGAAUGUUAAUAAAUGAAUGAUAUUUUA